UUACGUCCUCGCGUACGAUUCGGGCUGGCCUUCGUCGAGCCUCAGUCGACUUCUCUUCCAUUGAUUUAUAGUGUACCAAGUGAGUAAAAGUUUUAAAAGUUUGUGCCUUGUUAAAGUGCGAAACGUUUUUGCUGCAGCUAUUUGCAGGUCGAGAAGCGUGAAGAUUUGUAAAUCACAUUUAAUCCUUUUCCAUUGUGAGGGUCGACAUGGGUAAGAAGCAGGGAAACAAAUCAAAGAAAGAAGUUCAGGAAGUAGAGGAGUUUGUGGUGGAGAAAGUGAUCGACCAGCGAGUGGUCAACGGAAAAGUUGAGUUUUUCCUCAAGUGGAAAGGCUUUACAGAUGCUGACAACACCUGGGAGCCUGAAGAGAAUUUAGACUGUCCUGAACUGAUUGCUGCAUUCCUGGAGUCUCAGAAAGGAGUAGUGGAAAAACCAGAAGCUGUAAAAAGAAAAUCCUCCACUGAUGAACCAGAAACAGAGGAGAGCAAGGCAAAAAGAAAGAAGGAAAUGUCUGACAAGCCAAGAGGGUUUGCAAGAAACCUUGAGCCGGAGAGGAUCAUUGGAGCGACUGACAGCAGUGGGGAGCUCAUGUUCCUCAUGAAGUGGAAGGACUCUGAUGAGGCGGACCUGGUGCCUGCACGAGAGGCCAACACCCGUUGCCCACAGAUAGUCAUUGCCUUUUAUGAGGAAAGACUAACUUGGCAUUCCUGUCCUGAGGAUGAGCAGCAGUAGCACCUCAAAUCUCAUUGAACCAUACGUUAGUGUCUUCCACCUGUACAGUAUUAGCAGAAGUGUUGAUAGUCUGACGGUGGAGGAAUUUUAAAUGUAUUGAGAUUUGGCUGGAAGCUGUGUGCAUGACUGUAGUGAACCAAUGAAAGUAUGUGCAGAUGAGAUGAGUGUUUUUAAAAGUUACCAUAUAGGAUGCUUUAACUGUUUCUUUGAACUAGGUGUCACCGCGGUGCUUUUCAUGAUUAACGCACUGGCUUGUGUUUUUCCUCCACUCAUCUUGUCAUUGAAAGGGAUCCAAAACAUGUUUCUAUUCAUGUUCAUAGUUUCUUUUGGUUGGCAAUGUUGUCAUUAUUGUAGUAGUUUUCUUUUUAUUCGUAUUGUUUACAUGAAUAUUGAAAGUGUCUGUUUAUGUAAAUGUUUGUGUAAAUAUUUCUUAUUUUUUAGUUCAAUAAAGGUUUAUAUGCCUGCUUUUAA